UCCAAGCUUACGCCGUCCGAUCAGAUGACCCAAAACCAGCAGCGCACACAGACGCUAAGGCACAGGGACGUUUACAGUAUGUCAGAUAGCUUCAUCCCUUCAGCAGCCAGCUGCUGAACGAAUAGAGUCACUGCGGCAAAAUGCACAGGGGACUCAUCCACAACAGCGCUUUGCUUAUCGCCUUCUCUUGUACCGUGGUUAGAUAAUCCGUGGGUCCCGUCGAGCUCGCGGAACACUGAGACAGUCAAUCGGCUGGGCAGUUCAUGGCCAAUUUGCAUGAAAUCUCGGCCACUAUCACAGCUCAUGCCGCUCUCUGAGUCGAGCUGUGAUAGUGAUGUCCGAAAUUGUUGUUGCCACUGCCAUUGCCGUCUUUGCUGAUCCUCUUGUGGGUUCACGUGUGGGUUCCGGUUCCACUCUUCCCAGAUGACGACAGCAACCUUGACGCCCGUGAGUCCAGGAGAUGAUAGCAGAGUCUGUUUUGAAGGAUCAUGUGAGGACACAGAUGUCGAUGGAGCUAUAGGCCUACGUGGACUUCAGAGUAGAGGCUCUGAUUGUACGGAUCGACGACAUAGAUGAUGCCAGCAGGCUUCUUCUCGGCAGCAUGAGACAUGCACUCUGCAGCCAAACACGCGAGAUGUUUGCUAGGCAAAUGAGAUGUCAAUCGCUACAGUACCCUCAAACGAGACCCCCUUCAUUCGGAAGAGUUGGUUUUUCUUGGUGGGCACACCGGGAUACAAAAUAGAAGCCGGGAAGAACCAGUCGAGCUCAUCCGAUUUCUUGUUGAACACUCUGCCUGAAGGGUAUUGGCCUGAAGGACACAGAGUUUCAACCCGGUCCUCGGACUGUCGCGAUAUCUUUAAUGCUAUGUAUGGUAUCUAAACAUCAGGUCCUCACCUGAUGCACGUUGGUGAUCUGAAGGUGACUUUUCCCAUUCCAACACGUGCUCCAACAUCUUGAAUGCGUCAAACCCGCCAGUCUGAUGUCUGUACUGUUGAAUCGGCUGUCCGCGAACCAGGUAGACCAUCUUCAAUGGCUGGUGGUCACCCCACGGGUCCUCUCCAAGGGUGGUGCCCAGCGGUUGGCCACCGCCAGACAGGUUUACCUGUCCCGUGACGCCAGCGAGGGCCUGCAUGGCGUCGUUGAGCUGCUUGACUCUGGCCAGUGCAGCGUCUCGCUCGGCGGCGAAGUCAUUGCUGGUCGUCUUGUCCUUCAGAUUGCCGAGGGCGAUGUUGAGCUUAAUGAAGUUGUCCUCAAACUGCUGCAGGGCCCUCAUUGAAGCGGGGCUGCCGCCAAACAACUCGUACUUCUUUGCGACGGGGCCCAUCUUGUCGUUCAGGCGCUCAGCAACAUCAAGCCACGGCUCUUGUUGGUUGUCUUGUGCGAACUUCAUCGCUGCUUGGUACUCUUCCCCUAAAGCCUUCGACUUUUUUUCGAAUUCCGCCAAGUCGAAAGCAGAGGUUCCGUCCACGGCUGCAACAAAUGGCAGAUGUACUACGUCUUCCAUGCUGCAGGAGACUCACCGUAUAGGCUGUCUCCUAUCGACCGCUGCUCCUCGCUGAACUUCGUUUGGAGCUCUGUCCACAGACGCUGCUGCUCUGCGCUACCUGAAGUAAAAGACAACGCAUCAAUUGCACGAUUGCAAUAUCGCAUUAUUGCAGUUCAGCGGGUACCUUUGACCUCUUGUGCAAUGUCCUGCGCAAUCUUCCAGAAGCCUUUUGCAUUGGGGUCACCUGGCAGCCACAAACAACAGCGUGAGGUGCUCUCCCGUCCCUUCUCCAUCGUGAUACCGAAAGGCUUCCCGAGUUUGUAGACGAGGUAGUCAUUGAACUGGUCAGGUGUGAUGUCAUGGAGCUCGACUUCCAUGCGGAACGCCGACACAAUCUUUUCAAUGGGCCAGUUGAUGUCCAGCCAGAUGGCCUUCCACGCUUGUGCCUCCGUGUCGAACACCAUCUCCAUCCACUUCCCAACCACAACAAGUUCGUCCGCCCCCACGCGCUCUUUGAUGUCCUUGACGAUGUCCUUGUUCGUCUGUUGGAGCUCCUGGAUGUGCUUCAAAAUGGCCUCAAGGCCCGUAUCCUCCUUGCCUGUCAUCACGCGUUGCCUCUCCUCUUGGGGGUCCGCUGAGACGGAGAGGGGGCCCCCAGGCCCCCACAAGCUCGCGGCUCUCCCAGGCAU